CGAUUUAUCGUCUUAAACCGUGUAAAGUGAUUUUAUGUUCUUUAUUUUGGUGGAAAGUAGCAGUUUAUCUGAUAUAUGUUGAUUGCAACCAACUGAAUACAAAUCAAGUGGUUGAAAGUGAAUAUUCAACUUCUGAAUACAAACAUGGCGUCUGCCCAACUUGAUGUGGACCAUGAAUUAAAGAUUCAAUCCACAAUCCAUGAUCUUUAUGGCAAGAGGCACGCCCUAAGCAACAACAAUUCACAACCAAACACAGUGGAAAGUCCCCAUCAAAGUAUGCCAGUUCGUGACGUUCCUCAUCCAAAGCCAGUCAACCCACCUCAAGCCGCUCCUAUUGUACAAUUCAAACCUUCACCGUUCUACAAACAGAUUAGUGAAGUUCUACAACCAAGUUGUAUAACGAACAGCAAGAGCAAAAUGGCUCACAGCAAAAACUUCACUUUUCUGUUGACUCACCAUCAGCGCGAAGUUCUAUGCAAAGAUAGAGUUCAAGUACAAAGUAUGAUCCGGCAAAGCCCAAAGAACCACACUCAAAUUCAGCUCAGGUUCUGUAAGCUAGAAACAUCAUGUGAGCAACCUGAUGCACUACCACCACAUCUAACGGUGAAGGUCAACAAUGUAUCUGUUGUUCUUCCGAAUUUCAUCCCACCAACAAAAGCUGGUAUGGAACCCCGACGUCCGAAUCGUCCACUAAACAUCACCAACUUAUGUCGACAUUCAUCUAGUGGUCAAAACACGUUAGAAGUUCGCUAUUCUUCCAGUGACCAUGAGGAAUACUGUGUCACUGUGAAUGUGGUGAAACAACUUUUUGCUGAAGACCUUCUACAAAAACUUAAAUCACAGCCAGUAUUAAGUGCAGCCACAACAAGAUAUCGAAUCAAGGAAAAGCUUAAGCGGGAUUUAGAUUCCGAUGUUUCAACAACAAACCUCAAACUUUCCCUUCGUUGCCCACUCGGUAAAAUGAGGAUUUUGACUCCAAUACGCGGUUGCAAGUGUACGCAUAUUCAAUGUUUUGAUGCCUUGUUGUAUAUUAGGAUGAAUGAAAGGAAGCCAACCUGGUCGUGUCCUGUGUGCGACAAACUCGCUGAGUUUACAUCUCUCGUUAUCGAUGGCUUGUUCAUAGAAAUCUUAAACGAAUCAGAUUCCGAUGAAAUUGAUUUCACUGAUGACGGAAAUUGGAACUCGAGUAAAAAUGUCACCGAAACUUUAAUAGUUGGGACACCUAUUAAACCAAUUGCUCUUGACCUGAGUCGCACUGCUCUGAAAAUAAAACCCGCAUCCGAGAAGAAGAGAUCGGAGCCGGAUGUGAUCGACCUCACCUGCGAUUCGUCGGAUGACGAUUCGCCGAUUGAAGUUGCUUCGUCCAAUCAAAACUCAGGAUCCGAGAAUGUGCUUGAUGACAUCACAAUGUCUGUUUCAUCAUCGCCGGCUGAUGUUGGGAGUCCCAAUGUUGCUCCAAGGUUGCUUGAUGUGCCGCUCACUAAGUACACAAGAAAGAGCCCCUCAACCCACAGGGAUUACCACCAUACUACCGCCACCCCACCGCGACUCCAUUCACCCUACUACAGGCCGGUGAAUUCCCCCAGUUGGGAGUCAAAGUAUACCCCCACCAUUUCACCCCGAAGAAAUACCCCACCCAAUCCCAGGCCCCUAAUUCACCACCAUUCACCAGUGAACCAAUUAAAUGGUUCGGUUAUGACCCCGCCACCUUUACCUUCACCGUCACCCCUAGUUAGUGGGGCUUCUCCCCCUGUGGCCAGCACCUGGCGAACCAGUUUACCUGGCGAGCGGGGCAUGGGGUUAAACGGUUAUAGUACACCCCCUGUUUCAUCACUAGUUGGAUCAUUGAAUGACCACUCCCUAAACAUGGGCUUCCCUCCUUUCUCAGCAUUCGAUAUCCUCAAUCAACAAUACCGACAUCAUCAGUUUCCACUCUUGUUUCCCCCUGGCGUUGGUAGUGGUCUCACUCCAUAUGAUUUAUUUCCUCCCAGAAUUCCUCACACAGCAAAUAUUCCAGAACGGUCAAGAACUGAUUAUCGGGAAGAAGAUUAUCCUGACAUAGUUAUUGAAUAAGUAGUGAAAUUAAGUUUGUGCUUUUUGCAGUUUUGGUGCAUUUGGUUUUAUGAAAAGAUUAGAUUCUUUUCUGAAAUAGUCCAAUUUAAAUCUCCUUCUUGCAAGACUGCACAAUUUUAUAUUAAAUUCUGCCGUAGUCACCGGUGGUGUUUGUAUUUAUAUUUUUCUUUACUAUUCCGUUAAAUGCAAUGCUAAUUUAAAAUGUGAUGCUGUUGUUUUGUGAAUUAAUGACUUAGUUCAUCAUUACCGUUCUUCUUUCUUAAACUUUUAUAGCUAUUCCUCUUUUGACAACAUUGUCAGUUUUUCGUUGAGUACAAACCAUUCUAUUACAACACUGGGGAGCAUUGAGGAGCCUAUUUCUGACUAACAUUUUUAAAAUGUUUUAUAACUUCAUUCACAAAUAGAAAAUUAAGUUUG